GGACGUAGCAGUGCAAGUUUAAAAGUCUUCGUAUUUCUGCUCUAACCAAUGUGCAUGGCAUAGAUUCACUGUUGUAUUGACAGCCUAGUGUCAGCAUUUACGGAACUCAAAUAGUUCUAUUACGAAAACUGUUUUUUAAAAAUUGUACAGCUGUGAAGUUCUCGUCACAGUGAGAAACAAACUUCUGUUUACGUGGUACGUUAAUUGGCCACGCGUUAAAAAUGCGCGGUUGCCUUUGGAAACGUCUUUUACACUGGUUAAUGGCUUUUACUGGAAUCACUCUACUUCUCCUCGUCAUUGUUGCACCCGUUUUGUUACUGCUGUCUAGGAAGUAUUUCAGAAAACGACGGGAAGCCACAUCAAGCCAGCAUGUUACUGUGGCAUUUUUCCAUCCUUAUUGCAAUACUGGAGGAGGUGGGGAAAGAGUUUUGUGGUGCGCUGUGAAAGCAUUGAAUACAAGGUUUCCAAGUGUGAGGAUGGUAAUCUAUACAGGUGAUCUGGAUGUCUCCCCAGAGGAUAUCCUGAAACGUGUCCAUCAAAGAUUCAAUGUUGAGUUGCACAGAGACCAAGUGGAUUUUGUGUAUUUGAGAUGGCGCAGGCUGCUCGAAGCUGACAGAUAUCCAUUGUUCACAAUACUGGGACAGAGUAUUGGAUCAUUCCUUCUGGGACUGGAGGCAAUACUUACUUAUGUUCCAGACAUUUACAUUGACACAACUGGCCACGCAUUCACAUAUCCUCUUUUUCGUUAUGUCGGGGGCUGCCGUGUCGGGUGCUACACGCACUACCCCGUCAUUACGUCUGACAUGCUGCGACGCGUCAGCACCCGGACAGUCGCGCACAACAACCGGCGCAUCGUUGCCCGGAGCCCUUUCCUCACAGCCGGCAAGCUUCUCUACUACAAGCUGUUUGCAUGGGUGUACGGUGCAGUUGGACGCUCAGCAGAAAUAGUGAUGGUAAAUUCAAGUUGGACAGAAGAACACAUCAACGAACUCUGGAAAUGUCCCUUGCGAACACACAGAGUUUAUCCACCAUGUGAUGUGGAGGAUCUAAAGAAUAUUCCAAUUGACAAUGACAGAGAUGCAGGAAUUCCUAGUUCAUUAGAUGGAAGUGGUGAUACAGUCUCAAUUAGUGGUGCAGACAAGAAGGUUGUGAAGAUUGUUUCUGUCGCGCAGUACCGCCCUGAGAAAGAUCACCCAUUGCAGCUACGGUCUAUGUAUCAGCUUAGGCAAUAUGUGCCAGAAGAUGUGUGGGACUCGUUGCGUCUCAUCUUUGUUGGCUCAUGUCGGAAUGCUGAAGACGAUGUGCGUGUUCAGGACAUGAAGGAUUUAUGCAAACACUUAUCUCUAGAAAACAACGUUGAAUUCAAAGUGAAUGUUCCUUAUGAAGAACUGAGACAGGAACUGGAGGAAGGCUCUAUUGGCUUACAUGCGAUGUGGAAUGAGCACUUUGGAAUAGGUGUUGUAGAAUGCAUGGCAGCCGGUCUGAUAAUGGUUGCACAUCGGUCGGGUGGCCCACAGAUGGAUAUUGUAGAGGAAGCAGAAGGCAGCCGCAAUGGAUUCUUAGCUGCAGAUGAACAAGAAUAUGCUAGUGCCAUUGCACAUAUUCUCAGGAUGUCACCAGAAGCUAGGAAAUCUAUUAGAGAAGCUGCAAGGUCAUCUGUUGAACGCUUUUCUGUUCAAGAGUUUAACAAAGGAUUUUUGAGAGCUGUUGAACCACUGUUCAGUCAGCAGUGAUUGUUCAUUAAUGUGGUCAUUUGAGAAUUUUACUGUGAUUCUGGACAGUUCCUGUGCAUUGUUUGAAGCUUCUGCGUGUGCUGUGAGUGGUGCUUUCUUUGUACGUACUAAACAAAUGAAAAUUGUGGUGUAUUGAUUACUUUUUAAGGGCAUCAACAUUUUUGUGUUCAAAAAAACACAUAAUAUUAAUUUGAUAAAAGCUAGUGUUUAUCAUUUAGAAAAAUUUAAUGUAUACAGUAACAUCAGGAAUGUGUAAUGUUAUAAUUCAGAGCAAGGAUUAUGAAUAUUCAAGAGAGAAACAUGGCAUUUAUUGUUCAUCAAUCAUCCCAUUUUAAAAUGUUGUUGUCAUAUAUUCACUUAAGUCAAGGUCAGUCAGCUGCAUUGUGUGAUGUAAGAACUGAGAAAGAGGAUAGUUAUAUUCUGGUAAUUAUCUGUACUGACUUAUGUUUCCAAUGAAACGAAACCACUAUGCCUAGAUAAAGGUUCUGAUUAAAAAUUCUUAACUUCUGCA